UGGCCCCGCGCGGCCGCCGUACCGCGGACGCGCCCUGCCCGCCAUGGCGGCGCCCGAGCCGCCGCCGCCGCCCGAGGGCUGCAGGCCGCUGAGCGCGCUGCUGAGCGGCAUCGCCCAGGCCGCCUUCCACGGCACCGCGGGCAUCACCGAGGAGCUGCUGCGUGCCCAGCUCUACCCCGACGCGCCGCCGGAGGAGUUCCGCGCUCUGCGCGCCAAGAUGGGCGGCCUCCUGCAGUCAAUUGCUUCAGCAGACAUGGAUUUGAAUCAGCUGGAAGCUUUCCUCACUGCCCAAACCAAAAAACAAGGUGGCAUCACAUCAGAUCAGGCUGCAGUCAUUGCAAAAUUUUGGAAGAACCACCGGACUCAAAUCCACGAGAGCCUGAUCAAUCAGAGCCGCUGGGAUAAUGUCCUGAAAAACAUGAACUGGAGAGUGGACCUGAAGUCACAGCUGAGGCACAUUGAUCAGAUAAACACUCCUGUUGCAAUAGUUGAAAUGGAGCUGGGAAAAAAUGGGCAGGAAUCGGAGUUUCUCUGCCUGGAGUUUGAUGAGGCCAAGGUGAGCCAGAUGCUGAAGAAACUGUCAGAAAUAGAGGAGAGUAUGACUUUGUUGACUCAGACUACUUAAUCAAAUAAAGAGAUUGCAACUUACAAAAAAAUGACCCUUGCCUCCUGGUUCUGCCCUCUCAUCUCAUGGAGCCCCCAGCACCUCUGUUUCCCCAGCUGCCUUUGGCUGAUUCCUGUCAGAGAGGAACUGGGCUGUACCCACAAACUGCUCCUCGUGCUGCUCCCUGAGUCACUGGCUGCAGCAGCGCUGUGACAUGAGUGCUUUGUGAUUCUCUGAGCUUUCUGUUGCCUUUUUCAACUAAGUUCAUUCAAGUGCUUUCUGUGUUUUAGGACAUAUUUUAAAAAAAAUCAAGGUCAGGGAAGGAUCAUGAUCUUAAGUAGCUUGCACUGUGUCAAACAUACUUAUUGUUUUAUUUUAACAUGGUCAGAGGAUAGGAAAAUGUGCUAUAAAUGGAAAUUAAAGAGAAACAAACUGGGAACAGAUGUCAGGAAGUAUUAUUUCAUGCAAAGAAUAAUAAAUAUGUGGAAUGGCUAACAAGGCGAGGAGGCUGAAGCAAAAAAGUCUAGGGGAUAUUUAAGAAUUAAUUGGAUACUUUCUUAGUUGAGGUCUGAAGUGGUAUGUUUUUAUGGGUGGAUGCUUCUCUCUCUUCCUAAUCUUCCCUCCCCUAACUAUCUCAGGAUACCUAACUGUCCCCAUUUUCUUCUUGGUGGAUCUUUCUAAACUACUGUGCAAAACAAAAUAAGAAAAAAGGAAAAAAAAAAAGAAACCACUGUGUUGAGGACCACACUGCUCAGUCCUUGGUAGUCACUGGGCAGCAAAAUUGUUCCUGCUUCACCAGGUCUGAUGUGGCAGGGAAGGGGAUGCUGUAAUCCUCAGCUGCUGCUGGGACACGAGGCCAGGCCAGCUCCUUGGCAGGGCUGUGCCUUCCUGCUGGGGUGGUUUCUGUGUGUGCAUCCACCUGCCCCUGCCUGCGGUGUUCUGAGCCUGAACCUGCAGGGAACGAGGCCUCCGGUGCCACUCUGCUUUGCUUCCUUGGGUGAAGGGCACAAGCACCCAUGGCUUCUGUUGGGAUGUCACUUGCUGUCUGUGGUCCUACUAAAUAUCUCUGUGGUGCUGGCACAUGGCAGCUCCUGUUCAGGAGAGACUUCACAAAUCCUCCCCCAAAGCCCAGAUGUAAACCAGACUCAUCCUGAAUGCAUGGCCAGGCCACUCCUGCAGUGGCUGCUGGAAUCCUGCAUGGAUCCCAGCACAGCCCUGGGGCCUCAUCCAGCUUUGGAGACCACUGUUUUUCCUGCCAUGGCCCCAGCUCCUGUGCCCGUGUGCUAAGCCAGGCCAGCAGUGUGGCACCAGGGCCAUCACCUUCUCCUCCUCCUCUUCCUCCUCCUUCCUUCAGAGAAGCAGGCAGGCGCCACUUCACAGCAAGGGAACGAGCAGCCCAGCACGGCCAGAGGGGGAAAGGGAGGGAGAAGCAGCGGGAAGAAAGGCUGAAGGAGGGAAUCCCACCUGAGGGAGGCUUUCCUGCCAGGGAAGGAGCGAGGACACAGCUCCUGCCAGCUCAGUGUCCUUAGGCUCAGGAAGCUCUGAGGGGCUGGGGCAGGCUUGGCUCCACCGGGGGCUGGGGUUUGGUCCAGCCUGGGCCGGGCCGGGGGCUGCGGCUGAGGCAGGGACAGCGGCCCCGGCACGCCGGGCCCCGGUGACUGAGCCCACGGAGCUUCUGCUGCAGCCUUCAGCUUCCUUCCCGUGUCCCUUUCGCUCUGCUGAAGUGCCCUGCAGGUUAUUCCUGCCGGAGCUCCCUGAAAUGCCCGAGUGCUGCCUCAAUCACACAUUGUGCCGCUGGCAGGCCCCGCACGCGCUCUCUGCUUGGCAAGACCAUUGCUCUUAGUGCAAUUUUCUCUUUUCUUGGGCUGCAUAUGCCCAGAACUGCUAAGAUUUUAAAGUUCUUCUAGGAUAUCUGUAUUUGAAAAAAACAAAAAGCUUAGGCACACCAUGUUUUUCCAAGUCUAAGCCAAGCAAAUGUUGGUUUUCGUAAUGUUUUGGGCCAAGGAAAGCAGCAGAUGAUGAUAUACUUAUUUUAUGUUGGUGUUGAUUUACUUUCAGAUUAUUCAGGUUGCUUAGUCUCUUUUUUUUAAUUUUUUUUUUUACUUACGGGUCCUUUUGCAAGUGUAAAUAAUAGUGUGUAUGCUCUCAUUGUGUUUCACACAAUGGGAAGGAUUUCGCAGGAGCCCGUAAUCUCCACAUCUCACUGUGCUUGGACUUUUUAAAUAAAGUGAUUGAUGUUUUGAGA